UGCAAGUGCUUCAACAGUUUGGGGCUCAGCUCCCCUCACGAAGCUCAUACAGUGCGCCCCAAGGGUCACACUCUUUUAAUCCAAUAGCAGAACUUUCUUGCAAUCAAUAUGAAAGGGAAACCAGAGAUGAUGUCAUGUCCAAGAAGAGAAGUCAGUUUUGCAAAGGUGUGAACAGCUGCACAGGAGGCUUGCACUCUACCAAAAAGAACACAGCUGAAGUCAAGGUCCAAGAAGAAUGCUUUAAAAAGGCCGAGCUAGCUGCAAUAUGCAUUCUUCGCAAUGUUUAUUUUGCAGCCAAGGAGAUGAUCCCCAAUUCCUCAACAGAAGCUCUGAAUGAGCUGUGCAUACUUCAAGGUCUCACGGACCUGGGAGGACUUCACUCGGACAAGCUCGACUCCUACGAUAAUUCAAUUGAGGAAUUCCAGCAGGCCAUUGCUGAAGUGACGGAUGAAGGAAUCCUGAAGAAGGCACGGUCCAGUAACUGUUUCAGUAUCCUAAUUGACGAGUCUGAAGACUGUUUCAUGGAGCCGUACCUGUUUAUGUACCUCCAAAUCAUUGAACAUGUUGCAGGAGGGUAUGAGCCAAAAACUUACUUCCUGGCGGUCAAAAAACUACAGGAAGAGGUCACAGCCAAAAAGAUCACAGCGGAAUUAGUCAACGUGCUGAAAGAAAAAGAUCUAGACAUGAAACAGAUGUGUGGAUUUGCAAUUGAUGGCACUGCUUUGACAGAUGAAUGCAAGAACAGUGUGGUCACUCAGUUAAAGGCACAGGUUCCUGGUCUCUUAUCCAUCCACUGUAUUUCUCAUCGAUUAGCUCUCAGCAUUGUGUCUGCUGCAGACACUGUCCCUUACCUAGUGAAGUACCAACAAACUCUCAACUCUGUUUAUAAACACUGUGUCGGGGUGCCCAGGGACGGGCUUGAGGCCAUGCAAAAAGUACUGAGAGACACAUACAAACAGAGCAGCCCUUUCAAGGAUAUCUUGCCAUCCAGGUGGCUUAUAGUCAGAGCAUCAGUUGAAGCUGUAAUACGCAACUUUGGCAAACUUGUCUCAGUGCUCCAGAACAGUCAGUCAGCCACAGGUGUCGGGCUAGCAAAGACCAUGUGUACCUACAAAUUCUUGCACUGUAGUCAUUUUUUGGCUGACAUUCUCCAUCAGUUGUACAUUCUGUGUAAGAGUUACCAGACCUCCAAUGUUGACUUUUCAAUUGUGCAUCCCCUGUUGAAAUCAACGGUCACCACGAUUAAUAAGUUGAGUGCUGAAAGCACUGGUGAGAUGCUUAAGAACCUUUUGGCUGCACUGCCGGCCAAUAUGUGGGAUGAGAGCCUCUCUGAAAGCUCAUUUAUGUUUCAGAAUCACCGGAUAAAAGCAGGCCGCCAGCAGAGGUCAGAGGCUGAAAGUACCUGCAGAACUUUCCUUGAAAAUCUCACGCGUGACCUUAAGGCCAGGUUCUCAGAAUCCAAGGAUGCAGCCACCAUGACAGCAAUGACUGCCAUAUUCGAUCCUGCACAUGCCUCUGACUCAAAGAAUAGGCACAUCCAAACUGUGACCGAUUACCUGUCUUCGCUUUCUGAUGACAGUGACAAAGAUGAGUUUGAAAUGAGCUGCAAACAGGAGCUUGUCAGCUUCAUGAACUUUGUAGAGUCUCAGCCUGGUGUUCACGCACUCACUAGCUCCAAGGAUGUAUGUGAACUUGCACUGAAGCAGAAACUGAUGUUUCCUGUUGUCAGUUCGCUGGCAGAACGGUACUUGGUUUUGCCGAUUUCAACUGCAGAUCUUGUGGGGACAUUCUGUAGACAACACAUGUUGAGGACCAAACUUGGGAACUCACUGACCACCAAGUCACUGGAGAACCUGAUCAAGAUCUCCAUCCAUGGUCCUCCUAUCAAGGAGUUCAACUUUAUAGCUGCUUAUUCCAAGUGGGCAUCCAGCAGGGCUAACAGGGCACAGCAGCAAAAGAGUUAGAGGUUUACAGAUUGUAACUUGUGCUGAUUCUUUCUUUUCCCUUUUGAACAAAAAAAUUGUUUGUUAUUAGCAAGAAAGAAAAAGGAACCUAUCUGCAGGCAAAACUUUGGAAUCCUAAAACAUAAUACAGUUUCGCCUCAGAGUUUUGCUGUAGGCACAAUGUACAGAAAUUCAGGGCAAAGAAAACAUCUAAUUUGUUCAAACACUCUCCUUUCUAGAAGUUGUUAAUAUUGAUAAUGAAUUGCAUAGACUUCCCCUCUUUUUUAUUCAUUUACAGGAUGAGGGUGUUGCUGGCUAGGCAAUAUUUAUUGCCCAUCCCUAAUUGCCCAGGGGGCAGUUAAGA